AUGGCGGACGAAGUUUACGACGGUGCCAUUGGCAUCGAUCUUGGCACCACCUACUCUUGCGUCGCCAACUAUGAGGGCGCCGGCGUUGAGAUCAUCGCCAACGAGCAGGGAAGCUUCACCACCCCAUCCUUCGUCUCCUUCACCUCGGAGGAGCGCCUCAUCGGCGAAGCCGCCAAGAACCAGGCGGCUAUGAACCCAGAGAACACCGUCUUCGAUGUUAAGCGUCUGAUCGGUCGGAGGUUUGACGACCCAACCGUGAAGAAGGACAUCGAGUCAUGGCCAUUCAAGGUCAUCGACGACGACAACAGCCCAAAGGUUCAGGUCCAGUACUUGAACGAGACCAAGACUUUCUCACCACAAGAGAUCUCUGCCAUGGUCCUCGGCAAGAUGAAGGAGGUCGCUGAGACCAAGCUCGGCAAGAAGGUCUCCAAGGCUGUUAUCACCGUCCCCGCCUACUUCAACGACAACCAGAGACAGGCCACCAAGGACGCCGGUGCCAUCGCUGGCUUGAACGUCCUCCGUAUCAUCAACGAGCCAACUGCUGCCGCUAUCGCCUACGGUCUUGGUGCUGGAAAGUCUGACAAGGAGCGCAACGUUCUCAUCUACGAUCUCGGUGGUGGUACUUUCGAUGUGUCCCUUCUCCACAUCCAGGGUGGUGUUUUCACUGUCAAGGCUACCGCUGGUGACACCCAUCUUGGUGGUCAGGACUUCGACACCAACCUUCUCGAGCACUGCAAGAAGGAGUUCCAGAAGAAGGCGAAGAAAGACAUCAGCGGUGAUCCCCGUGCCCUCCGCCGUCUGCGAACCGCCUGCGAGCGUGCCAAGCGUACUCUGUCCAACGGAACCCAGACCACCAUCGAAAUCGACUCGCUCUUCGACGGCGAGGACUUCAACACCAACAUCACCCGUGCACGAUUCGAAGAUAUCAACAACAAGGCUUUCCAGGGCACUAUCCAGCCUGUCGAGCAGGUUCUGAAGGAUGCUGCGAUCGAGAAGAACAAGGUUGACGAGAUCGUGCUGGUUGGUGGCAGCACCCGUAUUCCCAAGAUCCAGAAGCUUCUGAGCGACUUCUUCAACGGCAAGAAGCUCGAGAAGAGCAUCAACCCAGACGAGGCUGUCGCUUACGGCGCAGCUGUUCAGGCUGGUAUCCUCUCUGGCAAGGCCACCUCGGCCGACACUCAGGACAUGCUCCUUUUGGACGUCGUUCCUCUCUCCCUCGGUGUGGCCAUGGAGGGCAACAUCUUCGCUCCAGUCGUGCCCCGUGGCCAGACUGUGCCAACUCUCAAGAAGCGAACCUUCACCACUGUUGCCGACAACCAGAGCACUGUUCAAUUCCCCGUGUUCCAGGGAGAGCGUGUCAACUGCGAGGACAACACCUCCCUCGGCGAGUUCACUCUUGCUCCUAUCCCACCAAUGAAGGCUGGUGACGCCGUCCUCGAGGUUGUGUUCGAGGUCGACGUGAACGGGAUCCUUAAAGUGACUGCUACUGAAAAGUCAUCUGGACGCAGCGCCAACAUCACCAUCUCCAACUCCGUCGGCAAGCUCAGCAGCGGCGAGAUCGAGAAGAUGAUUGAGGACGCCGACAAGUUCAAGACCAGCGACGAGGCCUUCAGCAAGAAGUUCGAGGCCCGACAACAGCUCGAGAGCUACAUCAGCCGUGUCGAGGAGAUCGUGUCUGACCCAACCAUGAGCAUGAAGCUCAAGCGUGGCCAGAAGGAGAAGAUCGAGAGCGCCCUGUCCGAUGCCAUGGCUCAGCUCGAGAUCGAGGAUGCCGGCAGCGACGACCUGAAGAAGAAGGAGCUGGCGCUCAAGCGUGUGGUCACCAAGGCCAUGUCUACCCGCUAA